GGAGCGGCAGCCGCUGAACGUUUCAUCCCGAGAACGGCGAGCCUCAGCAGCCAAUUUUAAGGCUGUUUCAGAGGAGAUAAGUGGGCUGUAGUGUGUGAGCUGGAUGGGCGAGAGGAAGUUGUCCAGUUCAGGAGGAGGCGGCAGGUCCCCAGUGAGAUGGAGGACGCUCUCAGGUGUGGUGUUCCGGAUGGAUGACUGCCGUGUUCUUGGAACGAGGAACUGGAAGUUGGAGAUGCCAUUUGUCAAACUAGACAGUGGAGGAGGAACACGUUAGGUGUGAUAUGCCCGAGGGACAGUCAGCUCCUGAGCAGAAUGCAGAGAUGGGCUGGGGCGUCUUCAAUGAUGAGUGUCUGGGAGGCGCUUUACACCAUUGCUCUGGGUUUGAUGGAGAUGCUCAGGAAAUGGAUCAAGGUCCCUGACAUCAUGGCCCGACGCCCGAGGAGCAGCAGAGCCUGGCAUUUUGUCUUGAGCGCAGCCCGUCGAGACACAGAUGCCCGCGCUGUGGCUCUGGCAAGCACUACUAACUGGGGCUAUGAUUCUGAUGGACAGCACAGUGAGUCAGAUUCUGAUCCCGAGUACUCGUCCCUGCCACCAUCCAUCCCCAGUGCUGUGCCCGUAACUGGAGAGUCCUUCUGUGACUGCGAGAGCCAGAGUGAGGCUGCCUUUUGUAACAGCUUGCACAUGGUUCACCGUGACAAGGACUGCCGCUGUGGUGAGGAGGAUGAGGAUUUUGACUGGGUCUGGGAUGACCUGAACAAGUCCUCGGCCACUUUGCUGAGCUGUGACAAUCGCAAGGUCAGCUUCCACAUGGAGUAUAGCUGUGGCACUGCAGCCAUCCGGGGCACCAAGGAGCUAGGGGAUGGCCAGCAUUUCUGGGAGAUCAAGAUGACCUCUCCUGUCUAUGGUACUGACAUGAUGGUGGGCAUCGGGACAUCAGAUGUGGACCUGGACAAGUACCAUCACACGUUUUGCAGCUUGCUUGGCAGAGAUGAAGACAGCUGGGGGCUCUCCUACACUGGACUGCUCCAUCACAAGGGUGACAAGACCAGCUUCUCCUCGCGCUUUGGCCAGGGCUCCAUCAUUGGUGUCCAUCUGGACACUUGGCAUGGGACACUGACCUUCUUCAAGAAUCGGACGUGCAUAGGAGUGGCUGCCACCCGGCUGCGGAACAGGAGGUUCUACCCGAUGGUGUGCUCCACAGCGGCCAAGAGCAGCAUGAAGGUGAUCCGCUCCUGCGCCAGCUCCACCUCCCUGCAAUACCUGUGCUGCUACCGCCUGCGCCAGCUGCGGCCCGACUCCGGGGACACCCUCGAGGGCCUGCCUCUGCCUCCGGGCCUCAAGCAGGUGCUGCACAACAAGCUGGGCUGGGUCCUGAGGAUGAACUGCGGCCGCCGAAAGCCCCCUGCGCCCCCACCCAGCACUGUGGCCGAGAGCAGACCCUGCCAGAGGAAGCGCUGCCGAAGGACCUGACUUGCCCAGUCAGAGUGGCCCCAGGGUGGCCGGGACUGCCUUCUCUAACCCUCCAGGGCAGCACGAGAGGGAAGGACCGAAGUCUGUCUGGGGUUGUCCCUGCCUCCUAAAGGCCAGUCCAUCCUGUGGGGCCUCCAGGGCCAGAUUGUCAGGUGUUGGGGGUCCUUGUGCUGCCUGGGAAGUGGUGCUGUAAAGUCCUUCGGGUCUUCCUCCCUCCCUCUGUGUCCCAGUAACAAGCAGCCUAAGCACUCCUGGACCCUGGGGGGGGGGGGGGGGGGAGGGACGUGUGGCCAGGAAGGAGGAGUCGGUCUUUCCCAGCUUGCUUUGCAUGUUGCCAGCUCCUGCUCACAGACUUCAGCUGGUGCACCAUGUAGGGUUUAAGUCUCACUCCCAAUGUGACAUUAAAAGGCCCACACCAAG